CUCUCCACCUUUCACUUCAGCUGGUGACUAUCGGAGAGUUGUCGUAGGAAAGCCACCUCACCAUCUGGCAUGUAUCAUUGUGACAUUGCAACUGCUGAGGUCCAUGGUAGCACAACCACUCAAUUGACUCGAAACACGGAGAUGUGUCCAUAUUUGGUGGUGUUACACUUACUGUGGACAUUGAUGGAGCCAGUCCUCAGUUUACCCUCUCCUGUGCAUCCAAGGGUGGACCUGCUACAGGUGUGUGAUUCAGGACGACACAAAGACAAAUCAAACAGUUUAUGUUGGACUCAUGAGCGAGAUCAGCACUUCCUCAACCUUCUCUUCUUCCAAUGCGGCUGGAAACUCUGUCAUUUCUACCAGCUCUAUCAUUAUGUACAGUGAUAUCAAUGUAUCCACAGCCUUUUCAGGGCAGUGCCAUGGAACAACAUCAACCACAGCUAACUCUACCAUCACUAAGAGAAUUUACAGCUACUUAACUCCAACCACAACUGCUCUGUACAACUAUCCAGCUUCAACCUUCUCUACUUCCAGCAGUGGGCGAAUGUUCUCUGGGCCAAUCCCAACUCCGUCCAUCUCUAGUAUGGGAAUAUUCUCCAAGCCAACUCUUACUCCAGCUGAUCCUACCUUGUUCGGUGUGGAUAAACCAUCCUCUAAUCUUGGGUUCAUAUAUACUUCCCGUUGUUAAUAAUAGUGCAAAUAAUUAUGUAUAAUACUCUCGACAGGUCCACUGGUGAUGGUUGGUUGUCUACUAUGGCUAUAACAAUUGGAGUUACUGUAGCAACUCUAAUUAUAGUAUCUCUCAGUGUAAUUUGUCUGCUUUGUCUCAAAGGUUACACACAAUUUUCCCCCUCAAAACACAGGAACAAUUCUGAGCGUUCUUUCAUUACCUAUUAAACAGGUAGUAAAGAUCGAGGCACAAGUAUCCACACUUCAACCAAUGAGGCAUAUGGGGAG